AUGGGUAAAGUUCACACAUCCAAGCAGCACGUUAAAACCUCCCACCGUAAGGCUCCAAAGUCUGAGAACACCUACUUGAAGUCCCUGGUUGAGUUGUACAGCUACCUUGCUCGUCGUACUGACGCUGAGUUCAACAAGAAGGUUAGAAGAGCUCUGAACUUCUCCAAGAUCAACAGACCUCCUGUUUCUGUUGGUAAGAUCUCCCAAGCUCUCAAGAAGGAGGAGAACGCCGGAAAGAUCGUUGUCGUUGUCGGUACCGUCACCGAUGACAUCACUUUGUUGGAGUUCCCACAAGCCACUAUUGCUGCUUUGAGAGUCACUGCUACUGCCAGAGCUAAGAUCUUGAAGGCUGGUGGUGAAAUUUUGACCCUAGACCAAUUGGCUUUGAAGGCUCCUCAAGGUGAGAACACCUUGCUUUUGGCUGGUUCUAGAACCGCCAGAGAGGCCUGCAGACACUUUGGUUUCGGUCCUCAUCAGAAGAAGGCCCCAAGAAUUUUGUCCACCGGAAGAAAGUUUGAGAAAGCUAGAGGUAGAAGGCAAUCAAGAGCCUUCAAGGUAUAA